UAACGUGAUCUGUCUGGCUGUUGAAAUCAUGAAAUAAAUUCCCAUAAGGAGAGAGAGGUGUGAAUAUUUGAUUAGACUCUGGAGGACUUGGUGUAGUUAGCUAUUGUACUAACUGGCAAAUAAUGGUGGUGUGAAAGCCAACUGGCUGGCAUGAAAAGCUGAGUGACAGCAGUGGUUUCAUUGCCUGCGUUGAGGUUCUGGGUCAGCCUGGGUCAGUUCACAGUGUGGUAUUCGCAAAGCAUCUAUAUUCAAGAGUGCUGUUUCUGGACCAGUAUAUUUUGACCACAUAGUGAUAUAGGUCUGUAGGGAGUGCAGCAAAUAUGAUCCUGCAACUGGUGAUCUAUUUUAAGAUGAUUUGUGAAUACCACUAGAGUUGGUCCCUUCAAGCUGGUCCACUUCAUACCACGUCUAGCAGAAGUCCGUUAUGUCCGGCCCCACCUGGCUGCCUCCGAGGACUCUGGGUAGUCCAGAGCGACCUGCAGCACAGAUGUCACAUGCUGGACCUGCCUACUACAGACCGCCCAAAAAGGGUCCUUCUGACCAGAGGCCCAGAUAUGGUGUUUAUGACCAAAAUGGAGCAGCAGUCGGACAUGGUGUACCAACAAGGUACAUGGCCACUGGACCCUCAGGUGGAAGCAUGCAUCACCAGCAUCAGGAUGACCUUUCAGGGCCAUCCCCCUACCACCCCAAAUCAGGAGAGCACUACUAUCCUCCAGCAGAUGGGCCCAAAGAUAACCACCUCUCCUGGAGCCCACACAUGGCCAGCUACGAUCACCAUGCUCGAGGCUCUGAUAAGCACCUCUCUAGUAUUGAUGCAGAGAUAGACUCCCUCACCUGCAUGCUGGCUGACCUGGACAGCCACCCUCCAAAUUCAAGCACACAGCUAUACGAUAACGUGCCUUACAACAAGCACCUCCCCAGUGACCGCUACAAACCCUCUGGCCAGACGGGGGUACCGUCCCAGGCUAGACCCUCCAUGGGCUACCCUCCUCAUUCUCAGAGUCAGUACCAUUCCUCUCCUCCUUACACCUCCACUCCGCAGCCUGAGUACGCCUAUCCGUCCCCUUCUUCCUCCGCCCACAAACCGUACCCCCAGCCAGUACCUGCCUCCUACACCACUGCCUCCACUCCCACCGGGCCGCGCUUCAGCGUGCAGGUUAAAACUGCCCAGCCUGUUACCUACUCUCAGAGCGGACGGCAGGCAGAGCAAGCCUAUACUCCACCCCCUCCCCGCCAGCAUGCUUCUCGCCCUGCUCAACAAGACCGCCCUCAUUACCCUGAAGUGGCAGGGCAGGGACAGGGCUGGUACCCACCACCGCCCCCUCCAGCCCAGGAGGCUCAUGGUGACCCGGCAGCAUAUAAGGGGGGAUCAGGUCAAGUUCAAGCACCGAUCAGGGUGCAGGGACCGCCAGGAAAAAAAGGACAAGAACAGGGGUCAGCAUACCAGCCUAGCAAGGGGCCAGUGCCGAGACCAGAGGAGGAGUUGGAUCGACUCACUAAGAAGUUGGUGUAUGACAUGAAUCAUCCCCCCACAGAAGAAUACUUUGGACGCUGUGCAAGAUGUGGGGAUAAUGUGCUAGGUGAUGGCAGUGGCUGUAUUGCUAUGGAGCAAGUAUUCCAUGUGGAGUGUUUUACGUGCAUCACCUGCCAUGCUCGCCUUAGAGGCCAGCCUUUCUAUGCACUGGACAAAAAAAGCUACUGUGAGAGCUGUUACAUUAGCACACUGGAGCGCUGCUCAAAGUGCUCCAGCCCGAUCCUGGACCGCAUCCUGCGGGCAAUGGGUAAAGCCUACCAUCCACGCUGCUUCACCUGUGUGGUAUGUGGCUGCUGCUUGGACGGGGUGCCCUUCACCGUGGAUGCUGCCUCCCAAAUCCACUGCAUCGAGGACUUCCACAGGAAGUUUGCCCCGCGCUGCUCUGUGUGCGGCCAGCCCAUAAUGCCUGAGCCAGGCCAGGAGGAGACUGUGAGGAUUGUGGCUCUGGACCGCAGUUUCCACGUCAACUGCUAUGUGUGUGAGGAGUGUGGGUUGCUUCUCUCGUCUGAAGGAGAGGGCAGAGGCUGCUAUCCUCUGGAUGGUCACAUUCUGUGCAAGAGCUGCAGUGCCCGACGAAUCCAAGACCUCUCCGCCAAAAUCUCUACCGACUGCUAACAACUCCUGUCAUCUUUUCUCUUUUCCUCUCUAUCUUACCACUCUGGUAUUUGAUGUUGUCUGUGAGGGUUAUUCUUAGAGACAGUUCACCAUUUUCAAAUUCCUACUCCUGUUUCACCCCUUUAUAUUAGCAGAAAGCAGGUAAUUGAAUAACCUCAUGUAACAAAUAGCUGAAUUCCACAUACUCAGGGUUUACAGUUCAAGUCGUGAAUAAGAAUGAAGUUCGAGUCCUUUACAUGGGCCAUUUUAAUGAAACGGAUGGCGAGUUUACAGUGGAGAUAAAUAUUGACUUUCUAUAUCCCCGUGUGUGUGUGUGUGUGUUCGUUCAUUCGUUCAUAUGUUUGCUCACUUCUCUGAACAGGGUUAGGGUUUGAUCAGGGUACCUUUUUACUUAAUAGUAAGGAAUCACUGCCGCUGAGAAUCUGCUUUAUUGAUUAUCUUCAGUAAUCCAAAAAUUUUUAGUCACUCAAACAGCAGUCGUGAUAAGGAGAUUUACUUUGCUGACUUUAUUCUGCAUAUCGCUCUUGUUGGAACAAAACCUUGUAUCUCCAAAAUGAUGACUUUACAGGAGAAGGAAACAUCUUUACUUUCAGUGUAAGUCAGUCGAACCAGACAUUUGUCAUUUUUGGACAUUUCUUUUGGUCCAUUCAUCAUGAAAUUUAUACACAAUGUAAAGAGCAACAGGCAUUUUCAAAUUAUGUCAAAAACUAAAAAAUGCCAAAAAUGGAGAUAUGAGGUUUUGUCCUGACAGCGGUGAUAUCCUCUAGUUCAAAACUUUGUCUGUACUGUGUGGAAGUCCCUUUUCUGUAACCAGGAGGAGUCACACAGCAAAAAUACUUGAGCGACAUCUUAAACGAUUUUUAAUAUAGCUAAUUUGUCUAAUACGUCUCAGUAUGAGGUCAUUGUGAGGAUAGUACAAAUUACUCAUCCUGUGUCUUUUUACUAGAUGUUUUACUUUUACAAAGUGAUUUGGUGAAAUUGUCUUGAUGCACUGGCAGAUGAUUUUACGUCUUCAAGUAUUAUUCCAUGACACAAGCAAAACUAGUGCAGUUAUCAGUGUAAACUUGCAUACAAUAAGCUAAAAUUUCUUGAAAUUUGGGUUGUUUAAUGAUAUCAGAAUGAUGUGGGCAGAUAAUCGCAAAAAAAAUUAACAAUGGACCAAUGUUUAGAUUUUUUCCCAUAUUUCGAACAGAUAUUUGACAAUAUAUUUAUUGCAUUCUAAGACAGCAGAAUGUUUGGGCCAUGCUGGGCUGUUUUGUGCAGAAAUAUCUACAUUUUAUUCAUUUUACUGCAUUUGUAACCCUCUACAAAUAGUUGUAUGCAAAAGUUUAGUCACCCCACAUCAAAUUACAUUUUUUUAUAAGUGAAAAUAAGUCAACACAUCCUCCACCUUUGCACAUUUUAAUUCUUUUUAAGCACAGUUAAGCUGCUGCAUU